AUGUUCCACGUCGCACUAUGUCUGGCAAUAGUACAUGCAACUUAUGGCCAGUUGGCAGCAGUUUACUCCGACGCGGUAAGGACAAAAGACUGCAGUAACUGGAGCAGUUGGGGACCAUGUGUUUGGCCUGAUUCUCGUGGAACGAUGACAUAUCUGAAGCAGCUGACUCCAGUGUGUCAACUGCAUUGGUUCUAUACCUUUGUAAAACGCUACGAUACGGCUCUAAAUAACUUCUACAACUAUAUGCAAUUUGUACUACGCUCAAAUAAACCAUGUGGUUUAUGUUCCUAUAAACAAAGUUGUGGUUACGGUGGGAACAAGAAAUGUAACAAUAGCCCAUUUACAAUCAAGGGAGGCAGACCGGUGAUUCCGUUCUAUGUAGCAGAAAGAGUCUGCUCAGCAAAAGAUUUGCUUGGACACAGUCAGGUCGAUGCCUGUGAGGUGGACUAUGAUCAGCUAAAGGAAAAUGGAGGCGAAUGUCGUUUAUGGCCAUCUUCACGCGUGGACCUAUCGACAGUAGAGCCAAUGUUCCGGCAGCACAUAUUGACACUCGACUGGUACACUUGUUUACCUCAAACGAAGAUAACCCACGUCAACGAAACCAGCACAGUCAAGGAAAAAGUCUGCCGUUGCUGCUGUUUCCCCUUUCAACCAAAUCCAAAGACAUUCAAGUGCGAGCACAUCAAAGGCGCACCACCAGCUCCUGGCAUGGAAUUCUUGCGAAAAGAGUUGAACGGCGUUGAAUAA